GCGGUGCGGAGUCAUGGAAACGCGUGACCCUUCAACACUUCUUCCGGGUUACUGUCUUUCUUCAGAACCCGGAGGUUUGACGCGGGAAACAGGAGAAUAGAAGAGCUUGAUCAUUGCAGUUGUUUGUGUUUUCAUCAAAUUUCUUCAACACCGGGAAGCACGCUUAUACGUUCAUAAAGUCGUUCUUCACCCAAAAGAUGGGAGACACUCUGGAGUUUAAUGACAUCCAUCAAGAGUCGAAGGGAUCUUGGAACGAUGGGCGUCUGAAGUUCAGCAAGCAGUCUGUGGUCUAUAAAAGCCAUAAAACGGGGAAGGUGGACAGUAUCCCGGGGCCCGAACUCUCUGAGGCGCAGUGGCGUCGGGUCUGCCUGGGUCACGGGAUCAAACUGGUCACCAGCACUGGACACAUCUACAAAUACGACGGCUUCAAAGACACAGAUUUUGAGAAAAUCUCUGCGUUUUUUAAAGCGAACUACAAAUUGGAGUUGGCAGAGAAGGAUAUGUGUGUGAAGGGCUGGAAUUGGGGCACCGCCAAAUUUUCAGGGUCUCUGCUGUCGUUUGAGGUGAGCGAAAGUCCUGUCUUUGAGAUCCCGCUGUCCAGCGUGUCCCAGUGUGCGACGGGAAAGAACGAGGUGACGGUGGAGUUCCAUCAGAACGAUGAUGCGGAGGUGUCACUCAUGGAGGUCCGCUUCUAUGUCCCGCCCAACACUGGAGACGACGGCACAGACCCCGUGGAGGCAUUCGCUCAGAAUGUCCUCUCAAAGGCAGAUGUCAUCCAAGCUACUGGAGAUGCCGUGUGUAUCUUUAAAGAACUUCAGUGCCUUACGCCGAGAGGAAGGUAUGAUAUUCGUAUCUACCCCUCCUUCCUGCACCUGCAUGGUAAGACUUUUGACUAUAAGAUCCCCUACACCACUGUCCUGCGUCUCUUCCUGCUGCCACACAAGGACCAGAGGCAGAUGUUCUUUGUGAUCAGUCUCGACCCGCCCAUUAAGCAGGGUCAGACGCGUUAUCAUUUCCUCAUCCUCCUCUUCUCCAAAGAUGAAGACCUCAGUCUUGCUCUCAACAUGAACGAGGAUGAGGUGGAGAAGCGUUUUGAAGGGAAGCUCAGUAAGAACAUGUCUGGUCCGCUCUAUGAGAUCGUCAGCAGGGUCAUGAAGGCUCUGGUCAACAGGAAGAUCACAGUGCCUGGGAACUUCCAGGGUCACUCCGGGUCUCAGUGUAUAACGUGUGCGUACAAGGCGAGCUCAGGGCUGCUGUAUCCUCUGGAAAGAGGCUUUAUCUAUGUGCACAAGCCACCGGUUCACCUGCGCUUCGAGGAGAUCUCCUGCGUUAACUUCGCCAGAGGAACAACCACCACUCGCUCCUUUGACUUCGAAAUAGAGACCAAGCAGAAAAACCAGUUCACCUUCAGCAACAUUGAGAGGGAAGAAUAUGGAAAGCUUUUCGACUUUGUCAAUGCCAAGAAACUGAACAUCAAGAACAGAGGAUUUAAAGAGGGCAUGAAAGGAGGAGAAGGCUACAGUGACUCUGAUGAAGACCAGCAUGACGCUUACUUGGAGAGGAUGAAACAAGAGGGCAAGAUCAGAGAGGAGGGAGACGGCAGCGAUGAAUCCGAGGGCGAUAGCGAUGAGUCUUUCAACCCUGGGGAAGAGGAUGACGACGUCCCAGAAGAGUAUGACAGUAACGCUUCAGCGAGUGCCAGCGAGGGAGAGGAUGGUGACAGUGAAGAUGAAGGACAGAAGAAAAAAGUUGAAAAGAAGCCCAAGAAAGUGGUGAAAGAGAAGAAAGAGAGAAAACCACGGAAAGAGAAAAAGGUGAAAGACGCAGCUGCUCCUAAGAGGCCGAUGAGCGCUUACAUGCUGUGGCUGAACGGCAACAGAGAACGCAUCAAGAGUGAGAAUCCUGGGAUAUCGGUUACUGAAAUCUCCAAGAAGGCUGGAGAAAUGUGGAAGCAGCUGGGCAAAGACAGGAAAGAGGAGUGGGACAAAAAAGCAGAAGAGGCCAAGAAACAAUACGUGAAAGCCAUGGAUGAGUACAAAAAGAGUGGAGGGGGAGGAGCGGCAUCUGUUUCUAAGGAAAAGAAAAAGAAAGGAGGGAAGGUGGAAGCUAAGAAAAAGAGUGUAGCUGAAAAGGAGAAAAGGAAAGAAGGUGGAAACGAGAGCUUUAAGAGCAAAGAGUUCAUCUCCAGCGAGGAGAGCUCAUCUGAAUCUGACAACGACAGAAGCGGCAAACGCAAGGCUUCUGAUGACGAUGAUGAAGAGGAAGCCGCCUCCACACCAGCCAGCUCAGAGGAGUCAGGGUCUGACUGAUGUCACUGACGGCACAAAGACAUUUCCACAUCUCAGGUUUCACAAAUGAAUAAUUGAUGAGUACUUGGACCAAGACUUUCUGCUCCCAUGCUGUUUGCGCUCCACGCACGUUGUUUCACAUAUUUUUCCAUUCAGACUGAGAACUUGGAAAUAGUCCGGUAACAUUUUUCCCUCCUCUGAGAGUGACACAAGAACUCUCCGGUUUUUAUUUUAUUUUACUCUUCUCCGGUUUUGGUAGACUGUCAUGAUUCAGGGAAGUGUGGAUAGACCUGCUUGUUCAGGAUUUUCUUUUUUCUUUUUUUUUUUCAAAAUGGAAAGACUGCACUUCAGUAAAUGUUUUGUUUAUUUCAUUAACAUGUUUUGUAUUUUUAGCUAUCAAAUUGUUAAUCACUGUUUUGCAAUAAAAGUUCAGUGAGUGAUUAA